CGUAAAAAUAACCCAUAAAUACCACUUGGUUUUAUUCCGGCGAGUAUAUGAUACUCACGAAACUAAACUUUUCUUCCACGAUCACAGAGUUUGCAUGUCAUGAUUCACGCGAAAUGACUACGACCUUCAGGUUGAUCAACUGUUCGAAUCGCGAGUGUUCUAUUUGUGGGGAUACACGAUUCGAACUCAAAUGUCUCCCGUGCUCACAUAAUAUUUGCACAGAAUGUCUUCAAAGCAAGCGACGUAUGAAAAGCUUAAAUACAUCCGUGUAUUGCCCAAUAGAUGAACACAAGUUUAAUCUCGCAAAUAAUGGAAUUGAUAGUCUACCAACGAAGGGACACUUGAUCGAAGUAACAAGCAAUGGAGGACACCAGAAUUUCGAUCGACCGUCCAUUGAAUUUUCAACUGAUCUCAGCGAGAUGUCUGAAAUGUACGAGUUGUUGACAUAUACCCAGGAGUAUCGUAAUGACCUGGCGGCAGCUAUCAGGGACAUGGAGCACGGGAUUGAUGCGUCAUUGUCGGUCCAGGAGGAACGAGUUAAGGAAGAAAUCCGCAGCACAGCUGACGCACUCGUGGACGCUGUUCGCGCUAAGGAAAAGGAGCUCUAUCAAGACGUGGAUCGAUUAAUCGCGUCGGAAAAGCGAGAUCGCUAUCAAGAAAUAGCAGAUUUUUCACUACAGGCACACCACGUUAUUCAAGUUGUUGAAAUGAAUCAUGGAAAGUUUAAACCAGGCAGGAGGGACGAGUUAUUGGCGAAUAAAGUACAAGCACAGUUACUUGCGGUGAAACAGCGAAAGAGUUCAUUGAUGGAGGAUCAGGAAAACCGUGUGUACGAGAUGUCUUUUGUGGCGAACAAUGGGUGCUUUCAAGAGCCGCUCGGAAGGGUCAAAUGCGACAUAGAUAUAAAAGAAGCACGGGAUGAUAAGAAUGAUGGCGCCAAAUUUACUAAUGAAGAUGGGCCCAUAGAGAAGCGUCGACUGUCUUCUCAAAGAGACUCAAAGAGAAAGCCCGGUCAAGUUCUUAGUGUUAUGAUUCCACCAAGCCCACUGUCCGAAAAAUUUCUCCCUUGGGCCUUAUCAGUCAGCGAGAGCGGGCACAUCGCUGUUGUUGACCGAGGAAAUAACUGCAUUCAUAUUUUUGACCCCAUGGGAGAUUUUUUGCGUCACGUCGCCAAGCCCUACGGCAACAAGUUGCUUGAAGUGUAUGGCGUGACUUUUAUGUCGCGUAACACUUUCGCUGUCUCUGAGCACUCCCCUGCGACCGGAAGCGGUUGUCUUAUUGAGAUGGGGAUUUCCGGAGAGCACUUGCGCGUGAUUGCUAAUCUCAAAGGACCAGCGCACGUGACUUCAUUUACUUCUUUUUCAAGUUCAUGUAAGAACGUCAUCGCAGUUUACUACACUAACAGUAUGGAGGCUCCUAAUGUGUUUAGUGCGAGAGAUGAACGAAAAAUCGAGUUACCUGUUGGAAAAUGUUCGCGGACGGGACUGAACCAUGCUCAAAAAGGAGUGCAUCUCAAGGAUAAAUUCAUCUUUUCAGACAGCAACAAAGUAGCAAACCAAGGUUGCGUGAAAGUCUUCGAUUCGGACUGUCAGUUCGUCACCAGUUUCGGAGAACAACCACUUUGGAACGAGAAGAGCCUGGGUCAUCCGCUGCGUAUUGCCGCUGACCCAUUGAAUUGCGUGCUCCUGGUAUAUCAACAGUUUUCUAACAGAAUGAGGGUUUAUGACGUCACUGGCGCAUGCGUAUCGGAAUUCCCCACAACAUCCGGGCUACUUGAUUUUACUGUUGCCCCUGAUGGCAGACUCGUCGCUACUUGUAGCAAAAACAGUGAAUUCCCCAACUCGGUUGUCACAUUAUCAUAUAUGUAGGACCGUGAAUUAUUGAGAUCUGGUGGGUUGAGUUGUUUAAAAACAGACCAGAACAAAAUUUCGAAAAUGCUUUAAUGUAGGUUUGUAGAAAACCAAGAGACUAUAAAGGGGACAGAGAGGGCAUCCCCCAUAUACACCCUAUUCCAUAGGUAAUUCGUCUCGAGUUAUUUUUAACACCACAGAUCUCAAGGGGGAUUAGACAACAGCCAAUCACAUAGCGCGAAUUUGUUCCGCGUGGAUGACCCACGCUGAGAGCCACGCGUCCUUCACGAAAGGACGCAGAACAAAAUGGGAGAAGACGCGGAGAGCGAUUUUGCUAUUCCUUUUGUCGACGAAAACGACCACAGCGAGAUUUCUGCGAAAGCUGUGUCAGCGAAACCGAAAUUAAAAAAGAAUCGCCCUUCCUCUCUUGUAUAGAGCUAACAGUAGAGCAGGGAAAUCCUUAACACACUGAAUAUUCUCUCAGGAUCAUUUAUAAUUUACAGUUUGAAGAGAGCAAUUUCUGGUUUGAUGUUUAUUUUUUUCAGUCUUUAUAGCGAUUAUUCCUACCCACUUACUUUGUCAAUUGUAGGCGAACCCUCCUAAAGCUGAAUUUCAAGGGCCCAUAUUCAAGCUCAGAAAGAGAAAUAAAAUUUCGUCGUUGCUUAUUUACGUCCUCCAUAAAACGCGAAAUUAGGCAUUCUCACGUCGUAGUCGUGCAAAAACGGGAAAGAAAUGAACAAAAAAGUGUGUUGCACGUGCGAAGUUGUUGUUUUGCUAAUUAAACCUAUUUUUUUUUGACGUUCUAGUUGUCGUCCGCGUCAUUGGAUCUUAAACUCCCUAAAUUGUACAAACGACCGGUUUCAAUAGACCGGCGAAAUUUCUCAUUUUAUUAAACCACUGAGGUUACGACAACUUCGAGUUAAACUGAUUUCACGGGUUGUCAAAGAGUCCAGCGAUUCGUUUUUCCCAGGUGAGCGCCGACUCAUUUCGCUUCAAUAUUCAGGAAUGCUCUCGAUCUUUUUACGCUUUCAUUGCCUCUCGCCCGACAUGUUUUGCACGGCCUUUUCGUCAUGCGAAACCUCCACGAAACAUCCACGCCUCGCGCGAGGUAACUUUAUCCCUAUUCUAAAAAUAACUCGAGACGAAAUACCUAUGGAAUAAGGUGUAUAUGGGGGAUGCCCUCUCUGUCCCCUUUAUAGUCUCUUGAGAAAACUGAUUUUUAAGUUGAUUAUUUAACACUUGGCAGGGGCACCCAACGAGAAUAUAGUUCAAAACUACUUAAACAUAGCAUUGUUAAACGUAUUUUAGUAUUUAAACGGUAGAUAUAGGUAUAUUUUUAUCCCCUAAAAAUUUUUCAUCUGUUCGGAUUUCCUAGCUGAAAGUCUAGUGAUCCGAAAAUUAUAGGGAUCAAAACUUACCUUUUCGAAAAUUUCAGUCAGAAAAAAGGAUCCCGAAAAUUCUAGGUCACCUUUUAGGGGUAAAAAUCCAUUAAAAAUGGGCAAUUAUACUAUUUUUUAGAUGUUCGAAAAUCCUAGGGGAGGCAGGCAAGGAAGAGAUUUUACAACAAAUGUUCCGAAAAUUCUAGAUCUCAAAUCGUCUUCCGAACAGAUAUUUUCCGAAAAUUGUCGUCGGGUGCCGCUGACUUGGAGAGAUUACUUUAUUAGCCUGGAUGGAAGGUGGGUUAGAAAAUUAAUAUGGGGCCCAAGAUAAACGAUGGGCUUGAGAGACGAGGAUGACACGAACGCACUACCUCUUUCCCUUGCGACCAGUUCUUAUUUGCGUCCUAACUUUCUCAUGCGCCUCCUAGCGGCUAAUUUUGUAGAAGAAGCAGCUAAUAGAAGACAGAUGACAAAGAUGAAUUCAGGAGAAGAGAAUGGAGGGGCGAUCCUUAUAGUUGACAAGCCUCAAAUUCAAUUUAUGAGGGGUGCAUGUCAAGGACAAUUCAAACGGUAUUUUUAAUUUCAAAGAGGAUAGUCCCUGAUAUCAGUCAGUACACCCCGUUCAAAAAGCCUGCAUCUGGCCUAUAGUCUUGACGUAGAGCAAUGUUUUUGGUAGCUUAUCGUAGGAUUGUUGGCGCCUC